CGCAAUGGAACGUCUUGUAAACAUGGCGGACGAGCUCAUCAAAUGCUGAAGAGUUUAAGAUGCAAAAUUUUAGCCCUUCUUGUGGCUUCUAUUUACACGAUCCUUACCAUUUAUGCACUUCAGGUGCUUCUAGUAAGCGAGAACCAGAAGAGACAUCCCAAAGGACUUGUGAUUACUUCUCAGUCGCCCGCGACUUUCUACCGUGUUCCUGGAAAAGCUCCUCAAUAUCGACAAAAGAAUUUGGUUGAGGUUGAAAUCUGGGGUAAAGCUGCGAUCGGGCUUUAUUUAUGGGAGCAUAUUCUUGAGGGGCCCUUAGAGGAAAGACUUGGUGGAGCAUGGCGCUACGGCGAAAAGCAAAUUCAGAAUAUCAAGUUCAUAUUUCGGACUGGACCAUGGGUGGUACCAAAUAAUGUUCCAAAACAAACCAAGAGUCUCGUGCUCGUUAUCAACGGACGAGAAUCGAAAAAAGUGGAAUUUGCAAAGGCAUGGCUUCACUCUCUUCAAGAUUUUCCGCAUCUUCAAAACAUAGGGGUUGUUCUCUUGGGAAACGAACGCUGUGAGAAUGACUGGUUAUAUUCCUACAUGAAAAAUAAUGGAGGUCACGUGACAUUUGCCUUCAUUGUCUAUGAUAUCACUUACGCAGAUUCUGAAAUCUACUUCCAGUGGCCUUUGGGAGUAGCCACUUAUAGAAAUUUCCCAAAUGUUCCAUUUCUUUCUAUUGAUGUUCAGAAACCUCGUAAAUUUAAGUGUAACUUUUUAGGAACUGUUUAUCCAAACUCUUCUCGAGUAGUGUUGCAGACAGUGAUAAAGAAGUUUAACCUUGAGGAUGAGUGUUUUAUGAAGACUAGAGACACUUGGUCACCGGGUGAAAGUUUACAAUCAGCCAAUGACUAUCACUAUGCUCUAGCUAACAGCGACUUGACUCUUAAUCCAGUGGGAAUGAAUACAGAAUGUUAUCGCAUAUAUGAAGCUUGUUCCUAUGGAUCUGUUCCUGUCAUUGAAGAUGUUGUCACACCUGGACAUUGUCGGGAAGGAAACGAAUCUCCGUUACAACUGUUAAAAAAAUUCAAGGCCCCAUUCAUAUAUGUAAAAGACUGGAAUGAGUUACCAAUGAUCAUUGAAAAGGAGAAGAAUUUAACUCACAGUGAUGUUGUUGAAAGGCGGAAAAAAGUGUUAUUGUGGUACAAAAUGUUUAAGGAAACCAUGAGGGACAAAUUUGUUGAGACUAUACAACAAAACUUUGCUGCAUAAAGUGUUAAAUAAUUUUUGUAA